ACUACAACCUCCAUCGAUCCAGGAAGUCGUGUAAGGUUGACGUGUGUUAAUGUGCGCACAUAUGACUCUGCCGGCACAGAAACUGAAUCAACAUCUUUUAUUUAGCUGUUUGUAACAUAUUGGAUUGGAGACAUGGCUGGAGAAAUGUCCAUAAUAGGUUCUGUCAUCCUUGCUUUAUUUCUGGCAGGGUAUUUAGGCCAGCAAUAUCUGCCCCCUCCAAAGCCCAGGGUCAUUGGACUGGAUCUCGGGACCACAUUUUGCUCUGUGGGAGUGUUUCAUCCUGGCACAGGAGAGGUUGAAGUUAUCGCUGAUGAUAAGGGUCGCAGAAGCAUCCCUAGUGUGGUGUCAUUCACCACCGCUGGUGUGUUUUCUGGUCACGAGGGUCAGGAAUUAUCAGACAUAAAUCCUCAAAACACAAUUUAUGACGGCAAGAGAUUUAUAGGGAAGAUUUUUGACCGUGACACUUUAGAGCGAGAGAGUGCACGAUAUCCCUUUAAGGUGGUAUUUAACAAUGGGAGUGCAGAGUUUUUGGUCUCUACAAAUGGCACCUUCACAGUAACUCCUGAAUUCAUCGGAUCCCGACUGCUUCUGAAAAUGAGAAAGAUGGCAGAGAAACAAUUGGGAGUUAUUAUUGAAAAAGCCGUUAUAUCUGUGCCAGCAGAGUUUGAUGAGAGGCAAAGAAACUACACCAUAAGAGCUGCUAAGCUCGCUGGGCUUGACAUUUUGCGUGUGAUCAAUGAACCCACAGCAGCAGCGAUGGCUUAUGGACUGCACAAGGCAGAAGUUUUUAAUGUGCUGGUGGUGGACCUGGGAGGAGGAACACUAGAUGUGUCGCUUCUUAAUAAGCAGGGUGGCAUGUUUCUCACCAGAGCAAUGGCUGGUAAUAACAAGCUCGGUGGACAGGACUUCACCCAGCGUCUGCUGCAGUACGCAAUAGACCGAGUGCGGCAGCAAUACGGUGUCGCCCCCACGCUCAAAGAGGACAUCCACCAACUCCGACAGGCCGUGGAGGCCGCCAAGCUCAACCUUACCCAGCAGUCUCACGUUUUCCUUAAAAUUCCUCUUCACCUGCAGACAACGGGUGCGAACGGAGAGCAGGAGGAGAAAGUCCUGUUUCAGGAGAAGUUGACUCGGGAACUUUUUGAGGAUCUAAAUGCAGAUCUCUUCCAGAAGAUCCUGGCACCCAUUCAGACUGUGCUUUUAGAGGGCCAUUUAGAGAAAGAGGAGGUGGAUGAGAUCGUUUUAGUGGGAGGGUCUACAAGGAUCCCUCGCAUUAGACAGAUUAUAAAGCAGUACUUCGGGAAGGAACCAAACACUUCUGUAGACCCCGAUCUGGCUGUAGUGACCGGGGUGGCCAUUCAGGCGGGCAUCAUGGGCGGCUCUUGGCCUUUACAGGUCAGCGCUAUUGAAAUUCCAAACAGGCAUCUUCGCAAAACGAACUUUAGCUGAUGAAGAGACUAAAACUUUGUUAGACCUGACUGCUCUGUGCCAAACCAAAACCUGGAUAAAUGACAAAUGUUUAUCCAGACGGUUUUAUGUCUUUUUCUCUUCAAAUGCUAUAGCUUUGCAACAAAUAACUUGAGCUUUAUCUGAAGCAUUUGUACUUGAAAUAUGGACUGAAUGGCCAACAUUAUCUUGACAACUGAUUCUGUUUUUAUUUUAUUCAGUCCAUUAUCAAUAGACUUGAGAAUUUUGUCUCCUGUUAUCCUGAGCAAAUGUCUGCUUGGGACCUUGCCACAACUGAUAAUAACUGUGCAAUAACCCUUUUCCAACUGGUUUUGGCAGAUUUAUGGACCUUGUUUUCAGGAAACAGCUGUUUGUACGUAACUGUGACUAAUCAUUCCGCUCUUUUAUUUAUUUAUUUAUUUGCCAAAGUUAGCUAGUUUUUUUUUUUUUUAUGAAGCUAUGCUUGUGCAUUUUUAGCAUUGCCACAUUUUGGUCAAUGUAAACAAUAUAUUUGUGGUGUAAACGGUUAUAAAAACUGCCAGCUGUUUAAUACAAAAAUGUACGAGCAUAAUUACUUUUUAGUUUACUCAUGAAAGGAGAGAUUUAAUAUUCAAGCUAAAGGUUUUUGAGAAUAUGACUUAAAAUAUAUUCAUAUAAAUAUAUAUAUUGUAUAAUGUAUAUGUUUUAUAAAGGAAAGUGUAAUGAAAGCACAUGGACCAACCUGAAAAAGUUAUUGUACUGUAUAUAGUAUAUUGUAAUGUACCUAUAGAGCUGAGAUAAGGAUUAAACGGUGUCAGACACGAUCAGACUAAUGCGCUUUACAUUUUGUAGUAACAGAGGAGUUUAGUGUCAGUAUAUUGAAGUUUGCAGUCGCAAUUACGUUUGUCAAUGUGUUGUGAAUUCAUUUCCAGACUUUGUACGCAAAUGCAUGCUGGACUUAACUAAAAAGAAAAAGAAUCUAUUUUUGUACAGUCCUGUUGCAUUUCAUUUGUCGUCUAGGUUGUAUUUCUUUGCAUUAAAAAUGUAAGUACUUAAUUGUGCUUGGUUUUCAUUUCUGUUGUAACACAAAGAAAAACAAAGACUGUAAAACCUGCAGUUUUUAUUGAUUAACCCCUGAAACACAUCAAUACAAAAAACUAUCAUUUAACCUUUGUCCUCUGACGCCACAAUCCACUGUAAACAAUGUCACGUCUUACAUUUACAAUAUGAAUGGAGGGGUCAUGAUCUUGUGGGAAGCCCUCUACAAGGUAUUUAAUACAUUAAAUGCCAUUUAAUAAACAAAAGGCUUAGUAGGAAAAAAAAACAAAA